UGGUCAUAGUAAGCGAUGAUUUGGGUUACACCACUAGGAAAUUGUUUGUGCAGUUGGGAAAAAUACCCUUCUUCAAGUACGGAAUAAAAUUUCUUAACUUUUUCCGAAACUUCCGAUUCAAUUAUCGUUAUUUCGUCGAGAUCUAUCACUGUGCAGCUUAUCAUUAAUUCUACCUUAAAGUACCUCACGAUACCAUCAGCUUGCCCCAGAGAUAAGGGGAGCUGUUGAUCACUUGAACUUGACUUUUGAGAUAAUAAAAAACAGGUAGCCCCGCGUCACGGCGAUAUAAAACAACUGAACGUAGUCCCCUGUCGGUUCAUUCACUUAUUGCCACUGGAAGAAGGCAGACCAGCUGAAACAAACAUUCGGCUGAGGGUGUAAAACUGCAAGACAAAAUGAAGGGACUGCUUCUUCUAGCAGCCUUGUUGUCGGUAGCCAUAUUGGCCACCGUUGCUGAUCGGGCAGACACGAUCAAUCUGUUCAACCAGUUAAAGCGCGUCAAGAAGGGUCGCAUGCUUGGUUCUGAUGAGGACUUUGUAUCGCUCGUCCAGUCACAGCUAUUGCUGGCCGAAGAAGAGUACGUCCGCUCGUCCAUAAAUGGGGAGUCGUCGAUUCUGCAGGAACUGUCCACCGCGGAAGCGCAGGCAAGUGGUCCGAACUGUGUAGACUUUAUCCGCCAGAAGACGGCACUAAUGCUGAAUCUAGCUGGUGUAUCGUAUGCGUCCUGCCUGAGCCGUGUCGAUGAUGCGUUUUUUGAAAAGCUGUACGAUGUAACGAAUGGUGUGGUAUCGCGCGAACAGUACGAUCAGGCCAACAUGCUUAACGCUUUCCGGGGUGAGAACAUCUUUGUGGACAUGGAACGUAUUCGGGGCAAGCUGCAGGAGCGAAUGCGUGCCACGUUCAAGCUGCCGACGUUGACUGCGGAAUCGUUGCAGGAAAUUCGCAGUGAGCUGGGUGAGGUGAAAGAACAGUUUUCAGAGUGCAUGAAGGUGGCACGGGCCACACUGGAUACUUCGCUCGAAGGCACUUCGAAGCAGUACAAGCAUGUGUGUGCGAAAAAGCUGGAGUAAGGUGUGAAGUUUUUUUUUAAACUUUUAUCACUGCUUGGUUCUUCGAAUGUAAUAAAUUAUUGUAAAAAUCCA